UCAAACAGCAUUGCUCGCUUCAAACAUGACAAAAGGACGCCUCCCAAACUAUCGUCAUGGGGUUUUUCUUAUAAGGCGUUAUGACGGAGGAAUGUGCAGGUGACACCCAGACGAUCACAGAAAGCCAUGUGUAAGUUCCAUUGAUGAGUCCAAAAUGGAUGAAAUGGGCCAUAUGGUGAAUAUAAACUGCAAACAGAUCUGUGGAGCAGCAAAUGUCGAGGAACAAUCAAAUAAUGAGCCCGAGCACGUCUGUCUCGCCCAAAUCUUUCGAAACAUCGACUUGUCAACUGCACUCUUCAAAUAUGGAAACCAUUUUCAAAAUAUUUGGGAAAUAUUUUAAAAUCGUAGAAGAUCCGUAUAGACAUCAGUAUCACACCAUACAAAUAUGCUGAUAAAGAAACUUAACGUUUUUAAAAUGGACAGAAACAUACGAGUUUAUUUGUAUUUCUCUAUCUGGAUAUUCAUGGCCUUUGGGGCAAUAGUGUUAAACAUUAUGAACGUGGAUUGGAAUAAAACAGAAUACGUGAACGGUGUGAUCAUUGUAGUGGUGCUUGGCGUACUACAGGGUUCGGUGUUCGAAUUCCCCGUGCAGACGAUCGCGACGCUGAUCGUUGGAGGCGAGACCCGCAAAAACAAAAAAGCGCGCUGUGAUCGUUUCACCAUCGUUCUAAACUACAACUUGCUUGCCCUAGGCCGGGACGAUAUUGAUGAGUGUAUGGACACUAUGUAUGAGGCCUAUAUAGGUAACCUCAGUCCAAACGUAUCCGCCGUCCUGGUCAGCGCCACCGGCGCCGAAGAGCUAAAACAGUACGAAACGGAUGUCGUUAACAAAUUCCGGAGUAUAAUAUACGAUCAGUUGUAUAAUGAAGGCAUAGCCUUCGCCAAGAAUGACCACGAGUCGAUUGACCCGUUACACUACGAGCAUGUGUGGCAGAUGUACGAAGACAUCGAUAAGGCGUUAUUUAUCAGGGAGUAUCUUCACCAGAUCUGUGACCGCUAUGCCAAGGAGUUCAUGGUCAUUCACAGAGUCAGUCGUGUGCUCCGGAAGUGUGGGCAGUAUCAGGAUCUCAUGCUAUUGUCGGAAGGUGAUGACGUAGCAUACACGUACUGUGACGUAGAAUACUAUCAAAAAAGCGCGCGCCGCUAUGGAGAACCACUGUUUCACCAAUCGGAGGACGUUAGUAAUAUAUUUGGAAGGAAAUUUGACUAUACGCUUGUAUUGGAUGGCGAUACUGGAGUUCCGAGAGGAAUGGUUUUCGAACUCCUGGAAAUUGCUGCAGCGAAUCCCGAACGAGGAAUAAUCCAGCCGUCCAUCAAACUUCACUGUUCCCUGACGGACACCGUCUUUAUGCAUCUCGAGUCUAUGCGACAAGCUAUUUAUAGUCCUAUGACAAACGCUGUAAUGGCAUUGUUAGGACAAUCUGCAUAUUUCGGAAAGGCCAUGAUAAAAAAUCGUAUAUACAUAGACAAAGUGAUCGGCACGCGCACUAACUUGAUCGAGCUCGUGCCUGUGGAUGUGCUAAGUCACGACACGUUCGAGGCGGCCAUCUUACACCCCAUGUACGCUGGGUCUACACACCUACUAGAGGCGCCUUCGUAUAAUUUCGUCACAUGGAACAUUCGAGAGAGACGAUGGAAUCGAGGAGAAAUUUUGUUGGCAAUGUAUUUCUGGAAAAAUGGUAUCGGUAAACCAAUGCGCUGGAUACAGAAGAAAUUUCAAAAGGACAAAUUCAACAAAACGAUACUGCGGACAGAAUCUAAGUUAGAUUUCGUGAGUUCCUAUGUGGCCUAUUCUGCACUUCGGCAGAUGUUGAUGAAACCUCUGCUGCUGUUUUACGUAAUAAUCCACAUCAGUGUCCAUCUCCGUUAUAGGUACGCCUCCAUCAUCAUCAUCAUGUUCCUUGUCCUCGUCUUCCCAAAGUUUGCUACGUGUACCAAACACAACUACAAAUUUGUCAUCCUAGAGUCUAUUGCCUCCAUCGUCCAGUUCACACCGGAAGCAAUCAUUGGAUGCGUACGCAUAGUUAAAGCCGUCCAGGCAAAUUUGUUCGCUAAUGUUAAAUGGAUCCCCCAAAGAGCGGUGGAAGAGGAAUUCCGGGAAUCUAAUCCAUUCUGGUUCAGUUUUAAACAUCUGUGGGGUUACUCAGCCUUUGCUCUGAUAUGUGGUGUGUUAGUGAUAUUAUUUCUACAGAGAGCAAUGCUGGUUCUUGUGAUGUUAAUAACGCUCUUUCUAUUGCCAUUGUAUACUGGAGUAACGUCACUUCCGGUGGCUGCUGCUCCCGAAAAGAGUAUGGUUUACAAAUCGGACAAAAACGCGCACGUUGCGUUCAGUGUAGCUGCGACACAGGGAGUGUAUAAGUCUUUAGGUACACUGCGCGCUUCCGAUACAGAAACCGAAAGUAGUAAUGGCACGUUCAAUGGAAAUCCCAGCAUAUCUCCGGUGUGACCACGGAAUUAGAUUAUCUAAGUCCGUGGUGUGACGUAGCAGUUACCCUAGUCCCCAUAACAAUUCCUAGACCCAGUGACGUCACAAGCCAAUCAACAUAUCCCGGAAAUAAUUCAUUUAUUAUUAUAUGUUAAGUAUCCCUGUCCCACUGCAGACAGAACUCUACAUAAUUCGUACAUCCAGUUAACUCACAUUUAUUUAAUUUCAGAAAUGAUUUAUCAAAGUUUUAGUUACGCAUAUUGUUCGGCAUAGGCACGGGGAUCCUUAAAGCUCAACACACUGGAACGUUGUUUCUUGAUUGAUACGCACGCAUAGAGAGUAUAUUGACUUCAGCCUUGUUUAUGAUGUGUAUUGUCAGAGUCUCGCCGAGUCAGUUCAUUGUUAUUGAUGGGAAGUUCAAGAUAAUUUAAAGCGAAUUCUUUAUUGUUUAAUUUAGAAAGCAAUGAGACUAGGUACAAUUUGUCCAUACGCAUGAUCGCAUGUAGUCUCGGGGACGUAAAACAAACCCAACUUUAUUUAGUGUAAUAUGUCUACCUCAAUGCGCCUGUGUAUUAUACAAACAUUUAUAUUUAUAGAACUCUCACAUUUUAUACUAUAAAAUG